AUGACCUCCAACGCCCACGCCGCGGCGUUGCUGGCGUUCAAGGCGCUCAGCAAACUGCCCGACCAGCCAGGGGACGCCCGCAGUGGUUUGGUAGCGCCCCAGGCGUCCCGGACUCCCAGAGGGCGGCCUAAGCCUCAGGGGAAGCUGGCGACCACCACCCCGCUGCUGAGCCCGUGGCUGCCUCAGUCCCGGUCGGACACGGCCCUGAUUGCCCUGAAACGAGUUACUCAGAGCUUAAACCAUCCAAAUGACCCGCAAACCAAGCCGUUGGUGUACCCUCAAAUAUCGCUGCCGGUACCGAAAACCGGCCACCAGAUGCCGAUCAAACCGCAACCGGUGCCGAUAAAACCUCAACUGCAGGUGAGACUGCCCCAGCUUUCGACGUCAGCCCCCGUGAAACACACGCUCCACCAGGCGGCGACGCUGCCGCAGCUACGAGCCCAACCUCCCAUUAACCCUUAUGUUAAUCGCGCCAGCACUAAUCCGACGCUAAAAUCUCCGUCGAUAAGUGCCCGUUCCCCGGCUAGCUCCACCGAUUCGUUGGUGGGCAAUAGCACCAGUCUUGCCCUUGCCGCUGCCACGGCACUGGUGGAACACGAGAAACAGCAACAACACCAAUACCAGACUCGUCCUGCUUCAUACUUGGGACAACCCUUAUCCAAACCAACAUUCCCUCGUCUGGCGCUGGCACACACGGGGCUCACCGUCGAUACAUCCCCCUUAGAGCUGCCGGCCAGCCCUCAAGCGACGCCCACCACCACCCAGCUGAUGAUGACGCCCAAAUUCACGCGACUGGAGCUGACCCAUUCCUUAAUUCGCCUGCCGCUGCCGAUACUGUCUCAGGAUAUGAUCAAGAACGUGAAGCAGCUGAUCCUGAACCACUUACAACCACAGCCCGAUACUCUGUCCAAAAGAUUGCUGCAGAAUUUGGACCCCAAGGAGAUGAUCAAACUGCUAAAGACUACCCUCCAAACCCAGCUGCAGAAACGAGCGCCGGAACCGCUGACUAAUAAUCAAGGCCUACAACGAUUAGCUGAUUUCCGACUGUCGGUAGACGCUAAGCGAGUAAGCACGCCCGUGGCUAAACCCGAUACUAAUGAUCUCUGGGCGCAACACGCUAAGAAUGUCGGCUUAUUUGAGAGUUUAGGAAACUUACUGGACCCUCAACUAGCCCACCAGGAACGCGUGUUCAGCUCGUCCCUGACCACCGACGAGGGACUGCUGAUCCUCAGUUGCCAGCUGGGCCCCGAUAACGCCCCCCAGAUCGUCGUCAGCGAACACGGGCUGACGCCGCUGCUGACACGGCUGCUGGUGGUGAGGGCGACGUCGCGUACCCUCCCCAUCCUGCCUCGUUUGGGGCCCAUAGGUCGCUUAGACCUGCUGACGGAGCUGUUGACGACGCAACCGGUGCUGGUCCCGCUGGCGGCAGCCACCGACCGCGUUGCUGCGGCUGCUCCCCAUACGCUUCCCGUGCUAGCUCCGGCGAUGCUGACGCUCCUGGAGAACCCGCUGGUGCUGCUGCUGCCUCGCUCGCUGCUUGAUUAUGGCUUGACGCUGAUGUCUGACCAUAUUCUGUUGCCAUUACUGCACCCACCACCGAAACGGAAACCCCCUCCCCAGGAGCUGGCAGUAGCUCUGGGAGCACUGACCCACGGUGCCUUUUCUGAUGGCGAAAGCGUACAGCCUACACUGCCAGUGCCCACCCCUUUUCCCCGGUUUCCUGAUGUUUCACGUAAAAAGAAACACGAGAAAGCCCAAGCCCCUGAACCGCUUCUGCUUAGCGAUAUUGGCGACGCCGACGACCUGGAGGACGAUACUGAGCUGUCGCCGUCGAUGACGGCUCCUCCGUUCAACCAGCAACCGGUGGCGUUCAAAAAGACGAUGCGCAAGACCAAUAAGCGUAAGGAGAAGAAGCUCUCGUUCAACGAGGAUAAGCCGUGGAAAAACCACACCGAACUUAAUUACCUUUCCGACCAAGAAAGGAAACGGUACGAAGGGGUGUGGGUGCUGAAUCGAGGGCUGUACGUUGGGUGUAUGGUCACUCGACUCCGGGGCGUCGAUUACGAAGGUAAUCGUCCCGUGAUCAGUGGCGAGACUGAAGCCGAUCCUAGUCUCGUCGCUGCUUUGGGAGCAUCGCUGGAAGUGGACGAAGUGCGUGAUAUCCAUGGUCUAGACCACGUUGAUAUCGACCAGUUAAUGGUGGCAGCAGUGGUGAAACGGAUCUGGAAACGGCUGAGACUACCUGACCAAACGCUCGAGCAAAUCUGGCUGAAAGUGGAUUUCCGCCACGACGGCACGUUGACGAAACUGGAGUUUCUCGUGGGGAUGUGGUUGAUUGACCAGUGUCUCUACGGACGGAAACUUCCAAAGAAAGUCGACGACCGGGUGUGGGAGUCGUUGGGCUACUAUGGUUUCAACAUGAACGUCAACUUGAAAAAGAAGCGCUUAUAG